AUGGCAAUUGGAGAGGCCUUUCUCUCUGCGUUUCUUCAAGUUUUGUUUGAUAGAUUGGCUUCCAAUGAAUUUGUAGGCUUACUAUGUGGCAGGAAAUAUGAUGAUAUGCUGGACAAGUUGAAGGUCACUCUGCUGACUGUUACUACUUUGCUUCAUGAUGCUGAGGACAAGCAGUUUCACAACCAUGCAGUACAAAAAUGGCUGCACAUGACCAAAGAUGCUCUAUAUGAUGCAGAGGACAUGCUAGAUGAGCUCGCUAGCGAAGCGUUGGCAUGUAAGAUAGCAGCUGAAUCUCAGGCCACCACAAAUAAGAUAAUUGAGAGGCUAGAAUUGAUUGCCAGAUAUAAAAAUGUCUUGGGUUUGAAAGAGAAUGUUGGAGGCAGGUUGUUUGGCUUUAGAAAUAGAUUACCAACAACAUCUUUGGUAGACGAAUCGUGUGUUUAUGGCAGGAGCUGUGAUAAAGAGGAGAUAAUUCGAGUUCUGUUAUGUGAUGAACCAACUAGUAGUAAAGUUGGUGUAGUUCCUAUAGUUGGGAUGAGUGGUAUUGGCAAGACAACUCUUGCUCAAUUAGUUUACAACGAUGAUAGAGUGGACGAGCAUUUCGAUUUGAGAAUUUGGAUGUUUGUAUCUGAUCAUUUUGAUGCAGUGAGGGUGACAAAAACAAUUCUGGAGUCAGUGAGUACAGAAAAAGUAGAUCUUGAUGACUUGAAUCUACUUCAAGUUUGUUUGAAAGAAAAAUUGGCUGGAAAGAGAUUCUUGCUUGUUUUGGAUGAUGUUUGGAACAAGAGAAAUAAUGAUUGGGAUCUCUUGUGGAUUCCAUUGAAAUCAGGAAAAAGUGGAAGCAAGAUAAUAGUAACAACACAGAAUAGUGAUGUUGCAUCAAGCAUGGGUACGGUUCGAGCUCACAAUUUAAGAGGUUUGUCAUUUGAGGAUUGUUGGUUAUUGUUCAGGAGUCAAGCAUUUGAGAAUAGAAUCGUAGAUGUUAAUUUUGAGGCUAUCGGUAAGGAGAUUGUCAAAAGGUGUGAUGGCUUGCCCUUGGCAGUGAAAAGAUUUGGAAUCCUAUUGCAUCCUAGAAUGGAAGAAGAUGAAUGGAAAGACAUAUUGAGUAGGAAAAUAUGGGAUCUACCAGAUGAUGAAAGUAACAUCCUUCAAACUUUAAGAUUAAGCUACAAUCACCUUCCUGCACAUCUGAAGCCGUGUUUUGCAUAUUGUUCCUUGUUCCCAAUGGAAUUUGAAUUUGACAGGGAUUCAGUUGUUUUGUUAUGGAUGGCAGAAGGUUUUCUUGAGCAACCUAAAGGAAAUAAAAAAUUGGAAGCUGUUGGCUGUGAGUAUUUUCAGGAGCUGGUAUCCAGAUCAUUCUUUCAACAAUCAAUUCAUGAUACAUCACGAUUUAUAAUGCACAACCUCAUGAAAGAGCUAGCUCAAUUUGUUUAUGGAGAAUUUUGUUUCAGGUUGGAGGAUAAGAUAAAGGAGAGUGAAGCGUUUGAGAAGGCUCGUCAUUCUUCAUAUAUUCGUCAUCAGCGUGAGGUAACUACAAGGUUUGAGUCCUUCAGAAGACUUGAGUACUUACGCACCUUCCUUUCAUUUGAUCCAACUGAUGGAAUUGGAGUCAGCUAUUUGGCUAAUAAAGUUCCUUGUGAUCUGCUGCCAAGGUUACGAUAUCUACGAGUGUUGUCUUUCAAUGCCUGUCGUAUUACUGAAUUGCCAGAUACAAUAGGAAAUUUAAAACAUCUACGUUAUCUGGACCUUUCUCGCACUGCAAUUGAAAGGUUGCCUGAUUCAAUAAGUUUGCUUUGCAAUUUACAAACUUUGUUAUUAGUGGAAUGCCGCUCUCUCACUAAGUUGCCAGAAGAGAUGGGGAACCUAACAAGCCUACGUCAUCUUCAUAUUACUGGAAGCAGAUUAAAAGAGAUGCCACCGCGAAUGUGUAGACUGAAGAAUCUCCAGACCUUGUCUAAGUUUAUGGUGCGCAGAGACAGUGGAUGGGGAAUUAGAGACUUGAGGGACAUGCUGCAACUUAAGGGAUCACUUCUCAUUUCUGGACUACAGAAUGUUGUAAAUUUUGUAGAUGCAAUGGAGGCUAAUAUGAAGGGAAAGGAGGAACUUGAACACUUGGUAUUCCAAUGGAGUGACAUGCCACAACUGCAUAGCAACCCAGAAGAUCUCAGCAUCAGAGGUCAAAGUGUUGCAAGAUUUCCAAGUUUUAAGGAAACCAUGGAUGCUUAUAAUCAAGAAGCCAUUGAGUUCAGAUUGAGACAGAGGAAUUUGGAUGAUUCAAGAAAUGAAAGAGUUGAAAUGGUUGUCCUUGAGAUGCUUCAACCUCAUAAAAAUAUAAAAGGAGUUACAAUCAAAGACUACGGAGGCACAAGAUUUCCUGGUUGGAUUGAGUCUCCAUUGUUCUCUAAUAUCAUAGUUUUAAAGUUUAGUGAUUGUAAGAAGUGUAUGCAACUACCGGCACUUGGACAACUACCUUCACUAAAAGACCUCAUUGUUGAAGGAAUGGAGGGGAUAAAAAGUAUAGGACCUGAGUUCUAUGGUGACUGUAAUUCUCCUAUCCUUCCAUUUCCGUCAUUGGAGACUCUAAAGUUUGACAACAUGAUAAACUGGGAGGAUUGGUCAUCCUCUGGGGUUGAAGGCAGGGAAGACUUCUGUCACCUGCAGAAGAUUGAAAUUCUAAACUGUCCAAAGCUAAGAAAGUUCUCACAACACUUUUCUGCCUUGAGGGAAAUGAAAAUUAAGUGCUGUGAAGAAUUGAUUGCUCUUCCAAACCUUUCAAGAGCUUACGACAGCUUAGAAAAAGGCACAGAAUUCCCUUACCUCCGCGAACUUUCUAUAUGGACAUGUCCCAACUUGAAGGAGUUACCUAGCCUCUUUCCUUCUCUGCAAGUACUCGAGAUAAAUGAAUGUCAAGAAUUAGCAGAACUGCCCAAACUCCUUCAAUCCGGGAGUUGGAAUUUGAAAAGUGCAACAAGGGGCGAGAUUACCACUUUGUCUAAUGAGAUUGGAUUUCCCAACCUAUUGCACCUCAAACGCUUGGAAAUUUUAGGAUGUCCAUUCUUACAUGAGCUGCCACAAUGCUUGCACAAACUGUCGUCUCUCAAGGAGUUUAAAGUCUCGAGAUGUUCCUCGCUUUUGUCUUUUCCUGGAACAGGCUUGCCAUCCAUGCUUAGAGGCCUUGAGAUCAAGGGUUGUGAGGCAUUACAAUUCUUACCUGAGUGGAAGAUGCAAAACAGUAACAAGUUGUUGUUUCCACUCGAGUAUCUGGUAAUUGAAGAUUGUUCUUCUCUGAAGUCUUUCCCAAGAGGAGAGCUUCCUAGUACACUUAAACAACUUGAAAUUCGAAAUUGCAUAAACUUGGAGUGCCUUCCCAAGGAUAUGAUUCACAACAACACUUGUCUUGAAAUUCUAAAGAUUUCCGGGUGUCAUUCUGUUACCUCCUUUCCGAAAGGUACUUUCGGUCUCCCUGCAGUAACAUCUGCAAUGGUCAUGAACCUUAAACAGCUCAUCAUCAACAACUGCGACAACUUCCGGUUGUUACCUGAGGGCCUACACAACCUCAAGCAUCUCCAUCACUUGGAAGUUACUGAGUGUCCACUUCUCCAGUCUAUCGCGGAAUUUGGCCUGCCAAACUCCAUGCUGCAAUCAAUUAAAAUUUCUGGUUGUGGAAGCCUCAAGUCCCUACCAAAUCAUAUGCACAGCCUCACAUCCCUUCAAGAACUAUGCAUAGAGAGUUGCUCUAAUCUUGUGUCAUUUCCAGAGGGUGGAUUACCAACCAAUCUAUCGUCGCUGUCGAUCUUGGACUGUGAGAAUUUCAAGCCUUCAUUUGAGUGGGGGCUGCACAGACUCACUUGUCUCAACAGCCUCGCCUUUGGUGGUUGUCAAGGGCUGGUGUCCUUUCCAGAGGAUUGGUUGUUGCCUACCAGUUUAUCAUCUCUUCAACUUCAGCGACUGCCAAAUCUUGAAUUCCUUCCCAAAAGACUCAAUCUCAUCUCUCUUGAUAAUCUGGAGAUGUCAGAAUGUGACAAACUUCAAACUUUGUCUGAAGAGGAGCAACCCAAGAUGCUUCAAAAUUUUGAAAUUUUGGGAUAUCCUCUGAGCAGCGGUUUUGUGUAA